AUGCAUAUAGUGCAAAUAAAAGUUUCGGGUACCAGCCCAUUGGUAUCAUAUUUCCUAGAUGUUGCUGGAAACCCGGCACUACUCUGUGUUCUCGGAAGCCACCUCUUGAUCAAUCUGAAGGAGGCAGGAGAGCUGGGAGUGAAUGGAGGAACCAAUUAUAGAUCAAAGACUCGCAACCGAUACACCGCAGGUGCCCCAGCAGCAGCAGACUCGAACGGAGAAGGAACAUCCAGUUUUUGCUCUGGAAAAAUUGCGGCAGCAGACUUGAACGGAGAAGGAACAUCUAGUGUUUACGUUGCGGAUGACCCAGCAGCAGCAGUCCCGAACGGAGAAGGUAUAUCUAGUGUUUGCACUGUAGGUGCCUCGGACCCGAUCUUGAAUGGAGAAGGAGCAUCUAUCGUUUAA